AUGAUAGAAAAGAAUCUGCCAAAACUGUUUUUUCCGAACAAAUAUCAUGCACACCAGUUUGCUACAACUUAUACUAAUGAUCUCCAUUACUAUCUGACUAUUAACGAUGAAAAAAGUUUUCUGGAGAAUAUGUUUAAUAAUGAGGUGAUUUUUUCGGAAACAGUUGAAGAUUUGUUGGUAACAGCCACGGAAAAUGAUCUUCGCACGGCAGUAAGAGAAAUCCUAAAUCAGUUUCAUAUAGUAAACAAUCGAAUUGGAAAGUAUGGGAUGUUUACAUACGUGGCUGUUGAUAAGAACCGUUACGCUCUUCUUCGGGAAUUAUUGAACAUAGUGAAGAAGCCAAAGAUAGUCAAUAAUGAUUUUAUAAUAAAAUUCUGCAAGCUGAAACAACUUAAAAGAUGUCAUAUAUCCGAUUGGGUAGAGUGUAUGAAAUUUAUGCUGGAUAAAGAAGAAAUAAAGCUUCAUGAACUAAUGGAUGAUGAAUGUAAUACGCCACUGCAUUACGCGGCCAAAUCAGGCUAUAAAGAAGCAAUUGAUUUAUUUCUCAACCAAGACUGCUAUAUCGGUCAUAUGAACAAGUGCAACACACCGCCUAUUGCGGACAUUCCGAUGAUCACAUUAUCAAGCUAUUUUGAUAGGUAUAUGCAGAAGUUGGACGAACAAACGAAAGAGUCCAAAAUUGAGUUCAAUUAUCGCUGUUUGAAGCCAUACCACGAUUCACAGAUACAGGAUUCGGAUAUUCGCAAGUUUCCUGAAUUGGUAGUAUUCAUGUAUAUCGCCGACGACAGCAAUCUUAAACACUUGUUAAAGCAUCCGCUGCUCUCAUCUUUUCUUUACCUUAAAUGGCGUAGUACACAAAACUUUUUAAUUUUUAAUUUUUUUAUUAACACUUCCUUUUAUGUCCUGCUAAAUUUUUACAUUUAUCGUAUGGCAAUAAAUGACAGUUUUCCGAGACAAAUUGAUACGCAUUUUGUUAAUGAUAGUGGGAAUAAUAGUGUUUAUUUUAGAAAUUUUGUUUUUAACCUAAAGCCUCAUGAAAAUACAAUAAAGCUAGAUAAUGAGA